CUGAAUAUAAUGGGCAAUGUUCAAUCCGAAGCCACCCAGGAAUCAGAAUCGGUCAAAGACAGGGUGGAGAAAACACACCCGGAUACGACCAAGUCAGAACGGGAGUCAAACCGAAGCAAACAUGAUUUGGCCAGCCGGCCCCCUGGUCCUCCGGUCCCUGAACACAAAGGGGUCAGCCAGACGCUGAGUGGCGAACCAGGGGGAGGGGACCGGCAGACCGGAACGGCAGAGAUGGGGAAGAACCAUUCCAAAAAAUCCAAGCUGAAGCUCUCCUCCAUGUGGACCCAGAACUCGGUCAGUGGGGGGAUGAAGGAGGCCAGCCUUUGCGACAAGGACCUUGGGACAGAGAAAUGGGGCUUGUCUUGUCUCAGCAGAGCUGACCUUCCCAGCGGACAGGGGCUCCCCGAGGACCCCAAAGGCCUGAAGAUGGCGCUCAGGCCCUCCCCGCCAGCAGCCCCGCACUCCGAACCCCAAGAUUUGAGUGCCAAGAAGGCUCUGACCAGAGGGAAGGCCAAGGCAGAGAAUGUCCACCUUGCCAAGAGCACGGGAGGAAUGCUACUUCAGCCUGCAAAAAUAACCGAAACGAGCCAAGGAGGAGAGCCACCUAAGGUGGAAACUCAGGCGUGUUGGACUCAGCACAUGAAAACGAGCAGUAAGGAAGGUGCAGAAAACGAGGAGCAGCUGCCAGAACCUCCGGCUUCAGCCAAGAAACCGGUAGGGGGAGCGACACACGGCCCAGAGCUGCUGAAGACAGGCGAGGACAACCUGGGAGGUCCAGGCUGCAGACCCCUCAACGAGAAGAAUAUCUUCAGGCCGGCACCUCCUGGCUCCAUCACUCCGUCAGGCUUGAAGAAGGUCCCGCUGUCGUGGGGGAUUGGCCAGAAGGAGAAGGAGCAGAACAGACAGCCGGACAGCGCCCCUGGGAGCGAAGGGGACUUCCGAGGGCCAGCUGGUGCUGCCCAACUGUCCACGGAUUGGGAAAACCCCUCCAACAGCCCCACGGAGAAGCUUCAGGCCCCCCCGGGAAGCCACACCAAGGCGGAGGCGAACACCGAAGCUGCAGGACCGGAGGCAGUCAAUUACGAAUCCAUAUACCAGGAAUUUUUGGACAAAGGGGUGAACCUCUUCUACAGAGUGACCAUCCAACCGGGACAGUGGCCACCCAGCAUCGUCAAACAGAAGCCCAGCGUCAUUUCCUCUGGCAUCUCUUACGCCGACGUCUUGAAGCAGUGCCCGCAGAAGAAGCCGCCUGCCAGCCCUGUGCCCAUCCUGCCGAAAGCUUUGCAGCACCUCAGCCCGGCGGGCAAGAAGCUGCCGUACUUCAAAGGGCCGGAGAGGAACAAUACGGACGAGUUCUCGCCCCUCCGCCAGCUGUUCUUGGAGCACAUCAAAAAAGUGACCCCCAAAGAAUCGGGACCGGCCACUCCCACCCAACAGGUGGUUACCUUCUUUGAGGAACUGUCCACCAGCAACCCCAAGCGGGCUGAAUGGCAGAGGCCCCGGCCCCCGACUCCAUACCCCCAGCGCCGUAAAAGCCAGGGUAGAAAGCUGCCCAAAUUUGGCACUGCCGUGUCCCAAGUGGUAGCCUUCCUGAGCAGCGACACCAAAUGCGAUUGGUUAGCGCACGACGAGAGCGAGAUGUUAUUAGACGAGGCGCCGGGGGGCGGAGAAGAAGCUGCGGCCAACUGCAUUGACCUGCCCAGCCCUGGGGGCAAAGGGGCAGAAGUUGGCACUACCUCCCAACCAGCGACGACCCUCUUGUUGGAGCAAACCAUGGGGCUGGAAGUCAACGGGAGUCCCAAGAGAUCUUGCAGGAAGUCCCAAGAUCUGGAAGAGGGGACCAAGGAAAGGUCCCCGGUUAAGGGCCUCUCGUCGAGCGCUGCCCAGUAUCCCAUCGCGCCACUGGUGGACGAUCCAUCCCCAGUGCAGUUCGUAACUCCGAGUCAACCUUCCUCCCAGGAGACCCUGGAGGUUUCUUCCAUCUAUCUCUGGGCCCCAGCGUGCGCUUUAUUGGAGCCCACGGCGGACCCAAAGGUGCCAGCCGCAACUCAAACCAGGCCCAAAGUCCGCAAGCAAAGCCUGGCGGUUCCCAAAUCGAAGGAGAAACUCAAACCUUCAGGGCAGCAGAAAGGGAAGCUGCUGAAGGGGAAAGGAGCAAAGCAAUGGCCCCGCACCUUCGGAAUGAACUCCCAGCUGCGGUUAGACGGCGUCCCUCCUUUUCCGCCAUUCGAAAAGGUCGCAAGACCGUUUUACUUCGGGGAGCCUUUGGACCGCUCUCUUCCUCUCGACAAGCCCGCCAGCCUCGAGCAAGAUGCCUCCUACACCCAGCCCAGUGCCGACCGAGAUCCCGAGGCCAACCGAUCUCGCGCCCACCAUUGGCCAGCCUUCCAGGUGGCCGAUUCGUGCCCUAGGAGAUGCUACUGCAGACAUCAGGACCAGAGGAAGCUACCCAAGAACGUUCUGGCUUGGCUCAACCCGUCUGCUAACCACCUGACGGAACCUCCCUGGGUCGCGACAGCCCUGCUGGCUGUCUCCUUGGUAGCUGGCACCAAGUUCUGCCUGGAUUCUUACAAACAGCAACACAUGGCCAACGAGGACUGAACCAUUCGCUCCAAGCUUCUUGCUCAAUAAAACUUGUACAACACCAGCGGGGGUUGCUCGUGCGUUUGCAGGG